AUGCUUAAUACGUUUUCGAGAUUUGAAGCCAGGACCUUGAAGCCUUUAACAAGGCUGGCACGGCAGUUAGCAACCACCUUCAAACUGAGAACAGCUGUUAGACCUGCUGCCGAAAUUUCACACAAAUCUGCGCAUCGCAAUUUCAACACCACAUCCAGAGCUUUUGACUCUUCGAAAGAUGACCAAAUCAAAAUUGAUAAACCAUCCUUGAUGCUCGCAUUCACAUGCAAGAAGUGCGGAAAGCGUUCUUCACAUAUUAUAUCAAAGCAGGCCUAUGUAAAGGGCUCCGUCUUGGUUCAAUGUCCGGAGUGCAAAAAUAGACACUUAAUUGCCGAUCAUUUAAAUGUGUUCCAUGAUGGAAAAAUCAAUAUCGAGGAUAUAAUGAGAUCUCAGGGACAGAGAGUAUCUCUUGACACAUCGGAUUUAUGUUUUGAGGACAUUCCUGAAUCUCUUAAAGGCAUUUUAGGUGAUUACGCAGAAGAUUCUCCUCCCGAAUAUAAAAAAAAGGAAAAUAUAUGUGAUACGGAUAUGCCUAUUCUUCCAGGAAACAAAGAGAAGGACUAG